AUGCCUUGGCGUAAAGCCUGGAUCAAUCCUUCCUCGGAACCCGAUGCAUCGCAACUCAGAAGGUUAAUGGAACGACGAGCAUACGAAGUGUGGAUCAGUGAAAUCAUGCUGCAGCAAACGAGGGUCGCCGUCGUCAUUGACUAUUGGAAUCGUUGGAUGGAAAAGUGGCCUACAAUCCAGGACCUUGCCGCCGCGGACCCAGAGGACGUAUUAGCUGCCUGGCGAGGGCUGGGAUAUUACAGUCGGGCGACACGCAUUCACGAAGCUUCCAAGCUCGUAGUAGAGGACUCGGCGAUGCAAGGUUUGCUGCCGUCAACCACUGCUGAACUUGAAGCCAAGGUUCCUGGUGUAGGUAGAUACACAGCUGGCGCCAUUUCUGCAAUUGUUUUCGGCCGCGCUGCCCCAAUGGUCGACGGAAAUGUCCUACGUGUCUUGAGUCGUCAGCUGGGCAUAUAUGGCAACAUCAAAACGGACAAGAAAGUCGUCGAUUCCAUCUGGGCAGCGGCUGGUGCCCUCGUCCAGGCCGUGGCCCUCGACUACCCGAACAAUGAAGACAUGUCAGAGGUAUCUGAUCGGCCGGGUCGCUGGGGACAAGCACUGAUGGAACUAGGCAGCACGGUGUGCACCCCGAAGCCGGAUUGUUCAAAAUGUCCCGUCACCGCAUCAUGCCGCGUAUACAACGAGGCGAAGAACAUGAAGCAGAACAAAGCAAAAGACGUCUGCGACAUGGAAGAUCUUUGUACACUCUGCGAGCCCUUCGAGCCGGACACGGACAGCGACCCAGAGCCAACAGCCCUGCGAGAAGCAAAGCGCAAUACCAGGACAGCAGACAAGAGCAAAGGUCCCAAGCAAAUGACCCUGGCGGCAUUUUCAUUCACGGGCGGAAAGCCUGCCAGACUAUCCGGCCCCGAAAGGCAAGACGCCGAUACGAACGAAGCGCAACAGGAAGCCAUCUCCAACUACGCUCGCAAGUUUCCCCUCAAGACGGCUAAAAAGCCCGUCCGCCAGGAAGAAACUGUCGUGUGCGCUAUCCGGCGCCAAGACGGGUCGUAUCUCAUCCACCGUCGACCAGAAAAAGGCCUGCUAGCGGGACUGUGGGAGUUUCCAAGCAAGACUCUACUCAAUCACGAAGAUUAUAGCUCGACAAAACAGCGCAUAGCUUUGGCCAAGUCGCACGCUAGAGAAAUAUUGGACGGCCAAACUCCAAAGCACGUGGGAGAAUUGGGAAGUGUGCCGUGGUUAUUCUCGCAUCUGAAGCUGACCAUGCAUGUGCACCUCUUCCGACUCGGAGAGGGUGAUGAAUGCGGCACAGGAGAUGGCGCGAGAUGGAGUAAGGAGGUGGACGGGGAGUCUAUGGGCACAGGAAUGCGCAAGUGCUGGGCGUUGGUAAGAGACGCGCGGUGA